UCCAGUGCGUCGUGAUGCAUCGUGCUGUUAUCACGUACAGCCGGACCAGUCAUACGUCGUUGUUGUAUAAGAAGCAGUGCAGAGGAACAAGGAACGACAGCACCAACUUGGUGGCCUUGCCAAUACCGAGGAAUAGAUAGGGAGGGCCAGGAGGGGGAGAGGGAGAAAGAGAGAGAGAUCCAUUAGAGAGAGAAUACACAAAGCCCAAACCACCCACCGACUGAGAGACUGAGGAGAUGAUCUGACUGACUAGGACUGAGCCGCGCCCCCACUGCACCUCUGCAGUGCACCUAUCCCGGAGGAUCCAAUCCCUUCCCUCCCUCAACAAUCCACAACUCCUUCUCUCUACCCUCCACCUCUCCCGUUAUACGACACCAUUGUACCGCUUGCUGACUAGUCUUCUCCAACCCCACAUAUCCUGCCAUUAUUUAAUACGGGCUAUAUAAAUAGUACUGUGCUCAUUUCCAGUUUUAAACAUUGUUUAAGAUAAAAUUCUUUAGUUUCCUAUUCUCUCUCCUUCUCGGAGCCUUAAAACAGACAAACCCCGAUCUCCCACUUCCCUAGUUCCGACACUCCAUUACUAGCAUUAUUUUGUUCCCGAGCCACCGUUAAUCUAUUCUAUUAACCCGGCCGUCCCUUGUUUGGUUGGCCGACUGCAUAUAUAACCACACUAUAUUUACAGACACGCUCUGUAGCUCGUAGUGGCCCUCGUCCUUUCCCAUCCCGAUGCCCUACUAGUACGUGCUCCCAUCUGCGUUUUUAAAAGCCGUCCCAACUGAUUCUCUCUCCCCUAUCCCAUCCCUUGUUGAGUUCUAUUCUCCUCCUAAGCCUGAGCUAGCCUCUAUCUCACCUUAGAACUAUGCUACACCAAUGCGGCCAGCAUAGCGGCGGGGGGGUCUCGACGCCAUGCUCUUGUGGCUUCCUCUACGGAGCUUGCGGCGGAAGUGGCAGCACCUCCUUUUCUAUUCUAUUCCCGGGAAAACAAUCAUCCAUGGAUGAGGUAUUCGAUUCCGGAUAUCCUAUCACGUCCUCCUCCUCGGUAGACUGCACCCUAUCUCUCGGCACGCCAUCCACCCGCGACGCGGACGCCCUCAAGCCCUCAUCCUCAUCUACUCUCAACCAGCGGCCAUCUUGCGUGUCUAGCUUGUGCUGGGAUGUCCUAUCUCAGUCCAACAAGCAACCAUCCAUGGCUUCUGGUGGAGUCAAUGGAUCAACCAAUAGCUCCAACCUUGGCGCUGACCCAGUCCUCCUCGCCCGUAGGUGCGCCAACUGCGACACCACCUCCACCCCACUCUGGCGUAACGGCCCCCGGGGGCCCAAGUCACUGUGUAACGCGUGCGGGAUCCGUUACAAGAAGGAGGAGCGGCGGGCGGCGGCAUCGACGGCGUCGCCGACCUCAUCUGUAGUGACGGCAACGGCGGAACAAACGGGGAUUGGGUAUGCGUACCAGCGGCGGCAGCCGCAGCAACCGUGGAGUUGUUACGGAUCGAUGGUAACGGCGUCAAAGAGUCCGACUAUGUCGACGUAUGGUGACGUGAUGGACGAGGGGGAGGCGUCCUACCUCUCCUGGCGGCUCAACGUGAUCCCAUCGGCCCAGUUUCCGGUCCGGGACCUGCCCGGCCUCUUCUAAUAUAACUGGAGCUAAAUGUAACCUUUAGUUUAUAGUUAAUUUCAUCUGUUACUUUGAACGUGCAUGGUACCAAAGUGGAGCCACAUGAUGAUGUAUUAUUCACGGUGGAUGAUAAUAGUUUUAUUUUGUUGGUUAA